ACGUCACUUCCGGCGCGAGGGGCCGGGCCGGCCGGGCAGGGAGUGCGGGUCGGUUCUGUGCGCGCUGCCGGACGAGGCUCCCGCUGCCGAUUGACCCGCGCUCCGCCCCGUAGCCGGGCCGGGAUCUUGACUGCUAAUGUCAGAAGAAAGUGACUCUCUGAGAACCAGCCCUUCUGCGGCCUCACUUUCUGAAAAUGAGCUGCCGCCACCACAUGAGCCUCCUGGCUAUGUGUGCUCGCUGACAGAAGAACUGGUCACCAAAGCUAAGGAAGAGCUGCAGGAGAAGCCGGAGUGGAGGCUCCGUGAUGUCCAGGCCCUCCGUGACAUGGUGCAUAAGGAGUACCCGAACCUGAGCACCUCUCUGGACGACGCCUUCCUGCUGCGCUUUCUCCGAGCCCGCAAGUUUGAUUAUGACCGGGCCCUGCAGCUUCUGAUCAACUACCACAGCUGCAGGAGAAGCUGGCCUGAAGUCUUCAAUAACCUGAAGCCAUCAGCCUUAAAAGAUGUCCUCGCUUCUGGAUUCCUCACUGUGCUGCCCCACACCGACCCCCGGGGCUGCCAUAUCCUCUGCAUCCGCCCAGACAGAUGGAUACCAAGCAACUACCCAAUUACUGAAAACAUCCGAGCUGUAUAUUUGACAUUAGAAAAACUCAUUCAAUCUGAAGAAACCCAGGUGAAUGGAAUUGUAAUUCUUGCAGACUACAAAGGAGUGAGCUUAUCAAAAGCAUCUCACUUUGGUCCUUUUAUAGCCAAAAAGGUGAUUGGCAUCCUUCAGGAUGGUUUCCCCAUUCGGAUAAAAGCAGUUCAUGUGGUGAAUGAACCUCGAAUAUUUAAAGGCAUUUUUGCCAUCAUUAAACCAUUUCUGAAGGAGAAAAUAGCAAACAGAUUUUUCCUCCAUGGGUCUGACCUGAACUCUCUCCACACAAACCUUCCAAGAAGCAUUCUCCCCAAGGAAUAUGGGGGCACGGCUGGAGAGCUGGACAUCUCUGCCUGGAACGCGGUGCUGCUGGCCUCGGAGGAGGACUUUGUGAGAGAGUUCUGCCAACCUGUCCCUGCCUUUGACAGCAUCCUGGGCGAGGCCCCGCUGCCCGAAGGGCUGACCUCAGAUGCGCAGUGUGAUGACUCCAUGAGGGCUGUGAAAUCACAGCUGUACUCCUGCUAUUAGCCAGUCCCCUGUGAGUGCCACCUUCUUUAAAUCCUUUCCUUUUUUCUUUGGAGAGGCACAAGCAGAACUUGAGGUUUUGCUCCUUGUAUUAAAUUGCAGCAGGGAAGAAAAGCGUGCCCAGCUCUGAGGGUGAGCCAUGGGGUGAACCCUGGGUUACUUGUAUUAGUACAUGAAGAUGUGGAAGACAUCCCAGGGAUUUCCAAACAUUUGGAAUCCAGUUUGCAAACAUUAAUCUGGAAGCUCUAUCUGGCUCCUAUACAUCUCAAAGCAAGGGAAGUCAGGACCAAAGUCACUUGGAUCCCAUGUUCCAGGAGAAAAUGACCCAAUUGGCCAGUCAGCACAAUUUGUGCUUGUUAUGAAAUAAUUCGGCCAAGCCUGCAGCGUGGCCACACGAGACUAUGGGAGUUUGUGUCUUUGACAUGAAUCCUGACUAUAUAGACCUCUGUUGCUCAUCAGAAACUUCAAGUUUGAGGUCCAGGCCCGCUGCCAUCCCUGGGUUUUGAAAGUACCUUAAUUCAGUCACCCCAGGCAUCAGGAUUCAAGCAGCACUUCCUGAUCCAAAUCCAAUUCGAGUGCCAGACUUCCAAGCACCACUGGGAUUCAUCGGGUGACUCUUGCAAUAGACACAAGCUUUCCUGGACACACAAGGCCUUAGCCCUGGUUCUCAGCAGAAUCAUAUGGGAUCCCGGAGGUGUGUGAUCUUUCUCAACCAAAAAUACAGGCCUGUGUAGCUCAAAGAAUUCUGGCUUAAGUAUUAAGAGACCUGGGCUCCACCCCCAGAGGUAUGACUGUGGACAAGACCUGGGCCUCUGUGGGCCUCAGCUUUCUCAUCUGUAAAAUGGGACAGGAUGAAAUGAUGCUUAGGACCCUUUUGGCUGGUGAAGUUCUGGGAUUUCGUUUAGCUAUUGAAUGUUAGACUUUGGAUUUCUGCCUAGAAAGAUGACUGUCUAGAUGCAGUGUUGAAUCCUGUUUUUUGUGGUAUGUCUGGGUCUUUCUAAGAGGGCUAUCAACAUUUGGCCCUGCUUUUAAAGAAACCAGUAUGAACAUUUACCUGGGACUCAACAAUACCAACUUCCUUUUCUGUAGUGAGGAUUAAACUUGCAAAGGAUGGCUUUUGUGAGGGCAGGUGAGAGAUGAUCAGGUUCUUGUAUGCAUUCCUUCCAUCCCUGAAGCUCUGGUGAUAUAUUAUAAACCUGGCAAACAGGGGAAAGGUCAAAUUACUUGGGAUUCUUAAAUUUUGGUGUCUGGAAAUGAAUGCAAGAGUUGGUUACUGCUGGGACCCCCACUCUCCCAAGCACACUUGAGUUUCUCUCUCUGGUGUGGGUAGACAGACUUUAGUUCAUCCAGCCAGACUGAAUGUUAGUUCUGCAUUUCAGCACUUUAGACUCUUCUUGUCAAGAAUUUAGCCUUAGCCCAAACAUCUUAUUAAGGUGGUUUAUCUCGUGGCUUUUGACCUGUUUCCUUUCAUAUUCAUUCCAUGCAGAUUAUGGUGUUAAACAGUAACAAGUACAAUGUGUUGUGUGUGUCCCUUCUCUGUGCAUUACUAGGCCACCUGGCAAGGUGGACAGCUCCAUUAGGAAGAGGACAGUACCCUGAAAUUCAAAGGGCAGUCUGUUGUUCACAAGCUGUUCAUCUUUAUAGCACUUUUAAAAAUGUCUGGAAAAGUUGAUGAAAUUCCUCACCUCGUUAGUGCCAAUUCUAGGGAAGGCUCUCUUCACCAUGCACACUAACCCUGGAUCCUAUAGGGACAUGGUGGAGCUGGAAGUGCCAAAAUGCACAUCCCUGGCUGCCUGUGCUUCCAUCUGACAAUGUUGGCAUGACCAGCAUUGCUGAAAAGUUCUUAAUGGGACAAUUGGGAUGGCUAAAGUAAGAGUUCAGAAUCUAAUUGCCUGGAUGGGAGAACUAAUUAGAGGGUUUCACUCUAAAGAGGAAAGAGAGAUUAAAAAACUAAGCAAAAUAAAGUGAGGCAGAGAAAUGAAUCUCUCAACCACACCAGGAUUCCAAGGUUUAGACUCUGCACUGCAUUCCUGGCCAAUUGCCUCUGUCUAGGUGACUUAACAGAGGGACGGUCAAGCACACAGAAGAGGAGUAUCUCUAAAACCAGGAUGUUGCCCAUUUCCCAGCCUCUCCAGCCGGACCAAGGAGCCACAUUGUUCAGCUUCUAAAAGGAGUCAGAGCCAAGGUUUGUCUGUCUUCUGGAGCUCCUGCACUUUAUUUUGGCUCCAAAGAGAGAUCAUUUUGGCACCUCAGGAGGUUUGGAUCAGGCUGCAAAAACCAGGACCUCCCUGGGUGAAAAUGAAGACAGCCUUCAUGUGGCUCCACCAGGUGUUUGUAAAGUCACCCCAGCAGGGCAGGGGGAUGGCUAGGAAGCAGGCAGCGCACCUUAAUGCAGCAGUGGGAGCACACUGACACCCCUAACUGAACAUCAGAAACUGCGAGUGUUUCUUUCAGGGAAAAGCUCUAGCCUGUGUCACAAACACCUGAAAACUAACUUUUCUCUAAAUUCACGUUAGUGUGUAGGGAAAGGAAAGGAAUAGUGUAUCAUACCUGAGUUCCAGCUUUACAUGACUAUGUGGUCUUGGAUGAGCCACUCAAUUCACACUCCUGAAAUUACAUGGUAAAGGUGAUUCUACUCUACUCUGAACUCUCAACCCUUUGUUCCUGGCAACAGUUGGCUUUACCGCCAGGUACACUGUACUUUAUCUCUUGAGAGGCUCCCUCCCUUCUCCCGACAAUCUGGGUUAUUUAGGAAAUGCAGGUCUGAAUUAAUCUGUAAUCUUAGGUAAUAUGGGGGUUUUCUCCCUCCUCUUCUACACAGAAUUCUGUAAUUGUGCCUUUUUGUGGAUCCUAUUUUUGCUUUCACAGGGACAGGCUGGAAGAAAUGUACAGAAACAGCUGAAAGUGCAACCCUAGCUUUCCCUCUUUGGGUUUAUUUGCUCUUGGCAAAAGUGGUAGCUUCCUCCGUACUUCAUCCUGCUUUCACAAGGACCACCUGUCCUUAAGAGGCUUACAAACUCUUCAGGCACAAGAUAGUACAUUCUUACCACAGAAAGUCAGGGCAGUAAGAGGUAUUUUUCCUCAAUUCCUGUGAGAUCCAGCUUUUCAGAGUUCUCCCUAGGCGGGAAGUUCCCUUAAAUGCCACCUGAGUCUCGGAUCAGUCAUGGGUAACUUUUUCAUGUGGGUAGGCAGAGCGAUAGUCCCAUUGUCAUUCCUCAUUUUAAAGUUUUCAAGCUUUUAAGGUUUCCUUUGAAACUUUUUUUCACUGAGGAAAUAAAAUGUUACCUAAGCUAAUGAUGUAAGUGUGGCUUUCCAGUGGCAUGAGAGGUGUGGAUAUACGAAACAGAAAACAUCAACUUCAAGAAAGGUGCCCAUCCUGGUAAGGCCUCAGCAUUGGGAUGAAAAUUUUGUAAAUCCAAAAGUAAAUUCCUUUCUGCUCACUUGACUAGAAAUCGUUUGCCUUAAGGAACAGAUGUCCUCAGUCAUAUACUCAACAGCACUUGCUCCAUGGGAAAAGCUCAGUGUGACCUGUGGAUGGAGAUACUAGUGAUGAAUUUACUUUUGCCAGUUAGCUGCUUUUCCUUUCUUCUCACUGGGCGGCACGGGUAGUCCGGCAGUAAGUCAGCUGCCACUGGUGAUUCCUGUGGAUAUGCCGCAGCCUCUUGACCUAGCAGCUGGUAACCUGCUCCAAGUGAAAUACCUGCCUCUGGGGCCAAGAUCCCCUGACAGCAUCCUGACAGGGUGGGAGGUGGGCUAAUUUUCUGAGGAGUUUGUCAGCCACUGGUUCAUUCCUCACUUCACACUGAAAUUCCGUUUGGCUUUGAGUUUAGGGACACAUAGUAGUGGAUUCAUCUACUUCAUGUUUGUUUUGACCAAAAGUUUAUUUUUCUAGUGCAUUUUCUAAGUCCAAGUGGUGAAAACAUGUAAUUUUAGUAUGCAUGACUGGGUCUUAAAACAAUAAAAAUCCCUGUAACAGUAA